GUCAGCGAGGGCCUGAAAAAGCUCUACAAAACCAAGCUUCUCCCACUGGAAGAGCACUACAAGUUCCAUGAGUUCCACUCGCCGGCCCUGGAAGAUGCCGACUUCGACAACAAGCCCAUGGUGCUCCUCGUGGGGCAGUACUCCACGGGGAAGACCACCUUCAUCAGGUACCUGCUGGAGCAGGAUUUCCCAGGCAUGAGGAUUGGACCAGAGCCUACAACUGACUCCUUUAUAGCAGUUAUGCAAGGAGAUGUGGAAGGAAUUGUUCCUGGAAAUGCCUUGGUGGUGGAUCCCAAAAAACCGUUCAGGAAACUCAACGCCUUUGGCAAUGCCUUUUUAAACAGGUUCGUUUGUGCCCAGUUACCUAAUCCUGUGUUAGAGAGCAUCAGCGUCAUUGACACACCAGGAAUCCUUUCUGGAGAAAAACAGAGAAUUAGCAGAGGUUACGACUUUGCCGCUGUACUGGAGUGGUUUGCAGAGCGGGUUGACCGCAUUAUUCUCCUCUUUGAUGCACACAAGCUAGACAUCUCUGAUGAAUUCUCUGAGGUCAUCAAGGCCCUGAAGAACCACGAGGACAAGAUGAGAGUUGUUCUCAACAAGGCUGACCAGAUAGAGACUCAGCAGCUGAUGCGGGUGUACGGUGCCCUCAUGUGGUCCCUGGGAAAGAUCGUCAACACUCCUGAGGUCAUCAGGGUCUACAUCGGCUCCUUCUGGUCCCAUCCGUUGCUCAUCCCUGACAACCGCAAGUUGUUUGAGGCGGAGGAGCAGGACCUGUUCAGGGAUAUCCAGAGCCUGCCCCGCAAUGCAGCCCUGAGGAAGCUGAAUGAUCUCAUCAAGCGAGCACGGCUGGCCAAGGUCCAUGCCUACAUCAUCAGUUCCCUAAAGAAGGAAAUGCCCUCAAUGUUUGGGAAAGACAAUAAAAAGAAAGAGCUUGUUAACAACUUGGGAGAGAUUUAUGCCCGGAUUGAACGGGAGCAUCAGAUCUCACCAGGAGACUUUCCUAAUCUGAGAAAGAUGCAGGAUCAGUUGCAAGCCCAGGAUUUUAGCAAGUUCCAGCCUCUGAAGAGCAAGCUGUUGGAGACUGUGGAAGACAUGUUGGCCAACGACAUCGCCCAGCUCAUGGUGCUCGUACGCCAGGAAGAGUCACAGCGGCCAACCCAGAUGGUGAAGGGAGGAGCCUUUGAGGGCACCUUGCAUGGUCCAUUUGGCCAUGGCUAUGGUGAAGGCGCUGGUGAAGGGAUCGAUGAUGCUGAGUGGGUGGUAGCCAGGGACAAGCCCAUGUAUGAUGAGAUCUUCUACACACUCUCGCCUGUCGAUGGUAAAAUAACUGGUGCCAAUGCAAAGAAGGAAAUGGUAAGGUCUAAGCUGCCCAACACGGUGCUGGGCAAGAUAUGGAAACUGGCUGACAUCGACAAAGAUGGCAUGCUGGAUGAUGAGGAGUUUGCCUUGGCGAAUCAUCUCAUUAAAGUCAAGUUGGAGGGUCAUGAGCUGCCAAAUGAGCUCCCUUCCCAUCUCCUCCCUCCAUCCAAAAGGAAAGUAACAGAAUGAAAGGAAGGUUACAGGGGAGAGGGAAAGGGAAGGGGGAAAAAAGAUCUAGAAAAACAUGUUUACUUAAAUUAUACCUUUAGAUGUGAGAUCACCUUUGGAUUUAUACCUAUUUUGCUGUAUGGAGGAAAAACUAAAGCAGAACAAAAAAGUCCAAUCCUUCUUCAUGAUAAUAUGCAAUUAACUCUUCCAGUGUAACAUCCCUGCUUUCUAAUGUGUAGUCUGUAAAUAUGAAGGUAAAAAAAGGAUGUUGAGACUAGGAGAAUCUGAUGAGCAGGAGGAGAGGAAAAACUGAAAUGGGCUGCAUUUUUUGAGUGGAAUAGGCACUAAUAGAAAUCUGCUAACUGCCAGUAUCACUCCUGAGCUUCGGCUGCACCUUCUGCUGUUCAGUGAGUCUCACAAACUUGAGGAGACUGGGAUCUUGAUAGUGAAGCGGAAACUGAAAGGUCUCCAAGGUAUUGGCCAAACUAAAGAGCACUUGCUAAUUAACAUAAGCCCACGCUAAAAUACUAGAUACUAAACCCCAGAGUUAAGAAUUUU